UCCGCUGCUGCUACCUAGGAACUGCCGUUUGAGUGGUGACCAUCAACAACAGAUCCAGGCCCAACACGGUUAGCCUCUUUUGAUGCGAUCGCUCACCCUCUGCGAAAAUGAUAUUCCACGGUUCGGCCUCCCAAUCCUCGCAAUUUUGUCACGGAUACAUCAAACGAGAAGACUACAGCGUGCCUCUCUAUGCGACUCCGACCGUGCCUGACGUGGGCGCCGUAAGACGGGACACUGGAUUCGCAGAGAGUCAAAAUCGAGGGUUGGUAUACCGAACGGCAAGCUCCAUCUCAAGGUCCAUCGAGCAACAGAACUUUACGGCUUCUUCCGCUGCAAUGCCUUCGCAGAAGCGUCCUGCGCCAGACGCAAACGGCACUCCAGUGAAGCAUAUCAAAGCUGAACACCCCGAGGAAUUCUCCAAUGCUGUGAAGAAACGCUUAGCAUCGUCGACGAGGACAGGUCAGGCGUGCGACCGCUGUAAGGUCCGCAAGAUCAGAUGCGAUGGACUUCCCGGUGGAUGUUCACCUUGCCUGCAGAAUAACACAGAAUGUCGGACCACAGACCGAAUUACAGGUCGUGCGACCUCGAGAGGCUACGUUGAAGGUCUCGAGCAACAGAAUCGCGACCUCCAACAUCGCAUUCGAGAAUUGGAACAACGAUUGAUACAGGGUGGAGCUGCUGAUAUCAAACCUACCAAUGGAUACCAUGAUGCUGGGGGCCAGGUGUUUGAAUACAAUCCACCCAGUGUGUCGGCGCCGACAUGGAAUUCUUCUCAAAGCCAGAGCAGCAUGACAGCACAGCAACAGGAAACAAACAUGUUCCGUGCUCUUCCAGCUUUCCGUGCAGGAUGUACUGGCGGCAACUAUCUGGGGGUUUCUCCUGGAAACUCGAAUCUAAGUUCCAUCAAAGGUACAGCUCUUUCUAUUCUCGGGAUGGAGAUUGACAUUGCGGACUUCGAUUCUGUGGAUAUGGACGAGCCAGACUCUUCUGUUUUCCAUCCACAGUUGUACAAUAAGUCUUAUCAGGCUUUCCUGCAAUCCGCUUUAAACAUCAACCCCAGGAUCGAGAAGGUGGAUUUACCGCAACGUGAUGACGGCCUUACUUAUGCCGCCUGGUACUUCCGAGUACUCAACCCGUAUAUGCCGCUCCUCCAUAAGCCAACAUUCAUGAAGUUGUUAACACGCUGCUAUGAUGAUCCAAGCUUUGUCCCGACUACGGCGGAAACUGUUAUGAUGCAUAUGGUAUUCGCCAUUAUGUUCUUUCAAUAUGCUGCACGGAACUGGGAAGACCCUGUUCAGCAAGCUAGUCUUACUCACCAAUCGAACAUGCACUAUCACUAUUCUCUGAGCAAAUUCUAUCAACUCUCCUGCAGUCACACAGUCCAAGAUGUACAGGCUCUGACCUUGAUCUGUAUGCAUCUUCGAAAUUUCCCUAAACCAGGAGCCAGUUGGAUAUUGACACAAACAACGAUGGCCUUAGCAAUUGAGCUUGGACUCCACCGUUCAGCAAAACGAUGGGCACCUGAUUCGAUCCCAAAUCCUCUGGAUGUUGAGAUGCGAAAGCGAACCUUCUGGACACUGUUGGCUAUUCAUGUCACUUUAAGUGGCAAGUUAGGUCGACCGAUGGUUUUCAGGAUGGAGGACUUCGAUGUGGAGAUUCUGGAGCCCGUGGAUGAUGAGUUGCUAUCAGAGAACGGUUUGGACACAUCGAGACCCGGCAAGUGUCUUCAUCACAUUGGUUUGCAUGCAAUGCGAAUCAUACCUCUUUUCGUGGAGUUGUACAGCACAAUCUAUGCUGUUCGGCGUCAACCAGAAACAUAUAUUGCGACGAUCAACAGUUUGGAGUCGAAGUUGCUGACAUGGAGAGACAACUUGCCAGGUGACCUUGUCAAGGGCGAAGCUGGCCAGAAUGAGCAAGAAGGUAGAGUCUUUGCUCUAUAUUCUCAGAUGUGGAUUCUCGAGUUCCGCCUUCUUCUCAGACAUCCAUCCGUCUCGAUGACUACCGACGCAUCCUUCAAUGCAGAGAGCAUGAGAAUAUGUGUGGAAUCGUCUCGCCAGAUGCUGGGGGUGGUUAUGCAACUGCAAAAAUUCAAAAGUCUGGACACUACAUGGUACAAUAGUGCUGUUUAUGUUAUGGCAAUCACUACGACUUUGUUUUCACAAUGGGACAAGCGGGGUGAAACUUCGGCAGCUGAUCUUGCGGCACUACGAGAAGAAAUGGACAAGUGGUUGGAUAUUAUGGGAGAUGUAGGCGCGUUGUUAGGCUCUGGAAACCGAUUACGUGAAGCUGUUCGGGUGGUUACAAAUGGGACUCUGGGUCUGUUGAGCCAAAGCCUUCUCGCAAAAAGCUCCAGCUACGUGCAGACAAACGCAUUAUCUGACUCCAAAUCGCCAUCUCAACGAUCGAAUUCUGCAAGCACCUACUCUAAUAACAACAGCAAUAAAAGCAACCCACACGUUUAUGCUUUUGAGACCCCACCAACCUCCAAUGGGAACGCAACUACAAAUUCGACGUACAUCCCAACCGAAACCCAGAUAUCUCACCAACAAACUCCAUAUCCAGCUGCUACCCAGUACUCCACUUAUCCGGAGCAAGCUUCUUCGGCAACCCUAGCUUACACGCCGCAAGAGACCUCUCACACCUACUCCAAUUACCCCACAAACAGUGAUCCUGUCGAGGCCCCACUCCUGGCCGCAUUUGCAGCACAAGCUUCUCAAGUCCAAGCCAAUGGUGGCAAUUGGCAACGCUCAUCGAAUACAUCCGCCACACAGUCCUCUUGGCAACAAUGGACGAAUACUUUGGCUGGAAACUUAGAACCCCAGGACUGCUUUAGCGCAAGUGCCUUAGUACAACUGGGUGGGCGAGGUCAUCCUGAGAGCAAUGGAAACUCUGGACAGGGAAGCGGUAUGGGAGAUAUGAACACCAACCAGGCUGCUGUGAACAUGGACCACGGCUCUACGCAUCUGGGUGCGCAAGUAAAUGGCGGGAUGGGUCCGGCAUGGCCGUUGAACAUAUUCGAGACUUCUUGAUCGGGGACGAAAGAGUAGGGAAGGGAAUGUGAAAAUAUGGGUAUUAUCAUGGCGUAUUUUUAGGCUCGGGCGUUGCAGUAUCUGGGGCAUGCAUUCGGAAAGUGCUUGGGAAAAGGCUACAGCCCCAUUUGCUUAUGGCGUAUUGGUUGGU